CCCCCCCCCCUCUCUCCUAACAACAGCUGACGUCAUCGUGCGCACCCACCCCACCACCUCCUCCUCUUCCGCGCGCUUGCCGAUAAACUUUGUGAUUGUGUAUGCCCGUACGUGUGCGUGCUUGGUGAGCGCGAGGCAGGGGUUUUUGUCUCGAAGGGAGAAGCGUUCCGUGCUUCAGAGGGCUCGCGCACAUCGGAGAAGCAACAGCACGCAGCAGCAGCAGCAAGAAGAAAGUGAUUUAAAAUUUACCGGACUGUAGCCUUCUGUCUGCUGUGGCCUGUUUGUUCAGUAGCCUAGUCUAAUACAGUGAUAUUUAACAGGGUGAUAGGCUACUAAAAAUUACAACAACGCUGAUAAUAAUAUUAAUUAAUUAGGUAGCCUACAGAAGUAACGUUAACGUGAGCAAUGGGUGACCAGCUGCUGUGCUGCGAGGUGGACUCCAUCCGGAGAGCCUACCAGGACGUUAACCUGCUCAACGACCGAGUUCUGCACACCAUGCUGAAGGCAGAGGAAAACUACCUACCAUCACCAAACUACUUCAAGUGUGUUCAGAAAGAAAUUGUACCCAAAAUGAGGAAAAUAGUUGCCACCUGGAUGUUAGAGGUCUGCGAGGAACAGAAAUGUGAGGAGGAGGUUUUUCCGCUGGCUAUGAACUAUUUGGACAGAUUUUUAUCAGUAGAGGCCACCAGGAAAACAAGACUCCAGCUGCUGGGAGCUACAUGCAUGUUUCUAGCAUCCAAGAUGAAGGAAACGGUGCCCUUAACAGCGGAGAAACUCUGUAUCUACACGGACAACUCUGUCCAGCCCGGAGACCUGCUGCAAAUGGAGCUGCUGGUUCUCAACAAGCUGAAAUGGGAUCUGGCUUCAGUCACACCGCACGACUUCAUCGAGCACUUCCUGUCCAAGCUGAAGAUCUACCCGUCCACUAAGCAGAUCCUUAGGAAACACGCGCAGACCUUCGUGGCUCUCUGUGCUACAGAUGUCAACUUCAUUGCCAGUCCUCCGUCCAUGGUGGCGGCAGGCAGCGUGGUGGCGGCCGUCCAAGGUCUCUACCUGAAGAGCCAGGACCCCUCGCUGUCCUCCCAGAACCUUACCAACUUUCUGUCGCAGGUCAUUCGCAGUGACCCGGACUGCUUGAGGUCAUGCCAGGAGCAGAUUGAGUCCCUGCUGGAGUCCAGCCUGCGACAGGCGCAGCACGGCAACACCACAGAAAGCAAACACGUGGACGAGGACGUGGACCUGUCCUGCACCCCCACAGAUGUCCGGGACAUCAAUAUCUGAAACGGGUGCCAGCCGCGCCGCACAAUGACCUGAUGGUGGAGGGAAUGUUGUCGACAGAGGGUGGUGAUGGGCGGGCUGGGGAGGGGGCGUUCCUCAUCCAACCUAAGUCCUCCCCUCCUCCUCCGCCAUCCUGGCGGGCUGCUAUCAUAGCCGACAUGUCACUCACAUGCCCGCCGUCUGCGCCAGCUGCCACAGAGCUGGACAGAGCUCCCACACCCCGGAACGAAGCCCAAGUCACAUUUCCUGCCAGUGUCCCCUCCCUUCCUGGGAAAAGAAAUGAACACUACAGAAAAUGUACAAGAGAGAAAAGACACCAGAACCUGAUGAUCUGCGUGGGCUGGAGUUGAAGCCACAAAACAGACAUUAAUUUCUAAUUCCCUUAAAUAAUAAACUAGGAAUAUUUAAAUUAUCGCAGACUCAGCUGGCCUACUAAAACAUCCCAAAGUGUCAUGUACAGUAGGUCCCUGUAGUCCGUCUUCAUCUGAAAUCUGACUUUUGUUAGACAAGAGGCUAUUUUGUUUUCAUUUCUCUAUUGUUAUAUCUGUUUUAGACUUUCUGUCCAAGCUCCCAUGUUUGUCUUUUUGCAGUGCAAACAUUCAUAUACCCCUGCUUGCUUAUGUUUAGUCACUUUAUUAUAUAUCAUUUUAGACAUCUUUAUCAAUUAGUCUUAUACCUCUUUCUUUUCAACCUUUUUUUUCUUUAAACCAAGUGAGACGCUCCGUCGUUAUGACCCAAGUGACUGUGGACUGCUGAUGUUAAGGCUUGAACAUACACUAUGUGAUUCUUUGUCCAUUUCAGCUUGAUGACAUUUGAGAAGAUCAAAUCAUUGCACAACCAAGCAGAGCAAUCCACAGUCUAUGUAUUCUCUGUGUAGUUACACCUAAACCAUUCCAACUUUGUUUAUAAAAAAAGCACUUUUGGUCAGCGCAGCUGGUCGUCUAAAAAAAAAACAAAUCACAGUGAUUAAGUUUGUUAAACAAGGUUUAAUUGAACCGGGGCUGAGCAGGAGUGUUUUGCCGAUUGAGAGUCGGAGCGGCACCUGCAGACAGUUGGAUCUGGAUCGGAUUCUUCUAAUGGGACAAAAGAAUAGACCAUCAUGGCAGAAAUACUUUUUCAAAACACGACUGAAUGCUGCUUGAAACUGUCAUGAGUCUCACAGAGCCAAUGGCUUUCUGUAGCUGCCAAGUCUCAGAUUUGAGUUUUAGUUCAUCAGAUGUUUCAUACAGGCAAAGCUGCUUUUCCAUUCUAAGACACAUUGUUUCAGUGUGCAGAGCCAGAAGCUAGGAAAGAAGUGUUUUUAGAGUUAAAAUUAUACUUUAUUUUUAUAUAGUAAAACAUAUUGUUUAUUCUAUUACUUAAAUAGAAUUUUCUAGUUUUAAGAACUAACCCGUGGCUCCACCUACUGUAAAAUCUGCUUGCCUAAUUUCUGCCUGCAGAGCAGCACUGUCAAUCAGAAAUAUCUGUUAAAAACUAAAACUCCACCCCUGCCUCGAAAUCGUCAGGACAGCAUUGCCUCCGUUGUUGCACCUUAGUUCAAACACUGCCCUGGGAAGGGGGAUAAAGCUAAAAGAAAUGUGUUGAGACUAAGAUUUUGCACAGACCUAAAAGACAUCGGCUGCGUUUCUUGGGGACUUGCCGGAAAUACAAUUUGUGGAGAGCAACGCUGGCAAGCGUACCAAGGGAUGAAAAGACAGCAACAGUGGCAAAAAAGGGUGACGGCUCAACAGGGGGGGGGGUGUCUUUACGCUGUAGAAUAUAAGUCACGGAUCCUACACAGGAGGGCAGCGUUGUCAUUACCCUGUUAAUGUACGCUUUAUGUAUGUCGAUGGGCAGAUUAGUGCGAGCAGGGGGCUUCUCUCCAAAUUCAAUUCUGGGAAAAGAAUUGAUUUCUGAGAAUGCCAACUGUGUAGGAACCCUGAACCUUAGGUUUCUGAUUGUACAUUGAUUAUAGAGUAGGAGAGAAACACUCCUUUUAUUCUGCUGCUAUAGAAAAGGAAUCCCAGCUACGUGUUAAAAACAAAAGAAAAACAUGAAAAAACGUAAUGGAUUAAAAAUUAUGCUUUUCUCCUGUUGUUUGCUGCUACAUUUUAGUUUAUUUUUAUACAUAUAAAUGUCAAUAUACUGCCAUUAUAGGUUUGAAUUUUCUCAUAGAAAAUCUUUUUUAUUGACAUCCUCAUUUGUUUUUAUGUAGAUUUCUAUGUGAUCGUUUUUGUUUGUAAUGACGUAAUAUGAUUUUCUGAACUUUCCAAAAAAAAAAAAAAUGGAAAAAUGAGACCAUGUACAGAAAUGCUUUGAUUCACAAUACCUCAUGUGACAGUCAAGUUCUAUCUCAAAUUUGUAGGUUUUUUUAAUUGUUUAGUUCUUAUUCUAUUGUAAUGAUUCAGUGCCUACUAGCUCUGAUCAACCUGCUUGAGAUAAAGCAUCCGCCAUGGAACUAGCAAGUCCAGGGCAUGCUUUCAUACUGGUGCCAUAACAGAAAAUGGGAUAUGUAUAACUCUGUUGAGUGUUAAGCUGUCUCGGUGAAAGAGACUUUAUCCCCCCUUUAGGCCCAUAGUGGCCUUUUUUCCUUUCCCCUUUUUAUAUUUAUAAAAGGAAAAAAGCUUUUUGCUCCCAUGUUCAAACCGUCAGUGAGUUGAUUUGAGUUUGUAAAUAGAUCAGUGUCUUGCUCGGUAAGCCAUAGACUGUUUUUUUUUGUCACAAAUCAUUCCACGCAGAAGAUGCCAGUUCUACUUCAUGCCAGUUGUCUGCAACUUGUCGCCUACACAAUAAAAACAUGAAUUAGA